CGUAACAACAAUCAUCCGCCCAUAGACAAUCAACAAAAUGAAAUGAAAAUGUCCGUCGUAAAUGAAACGUUUUUAUUUUACUUUGUGACCGUGUAACGUUUGUGGCAAGCUAUGUGAAAUAUUUUAUUGUAUUAACCAUAAUCGAAGUGUAUACUAUUUGUAAAAAUGAUUGUUCAAGAGCCCAUACAGGUUAUCGUUUGGGAUUGUCUAAAUAAUUAUGAGUUUGACAAUGCUGUAUUCCUUGCAGAGAGAUUACAUGCUGAAGUUACCUCGGAAGAGACGGCAUUUUUAUUAGGGACGUGUUACUAUAGAGGUGGACGUGUAAAUGAAGCACAUCAUUUGCUACAAAAUAUAUCCCUUACUCUACCACAGGCACGAUUUUUACUGGCUAAAUGUUCACUGGAACUGAAAUUUUACAAAGAUGCUGAACUAGCAUUAGGCACAAAAGACACUGUCGCCUCGGAAUUUGGGGAACAAGCACCAUAUGCAUUGCACCUGUUGGCCAAAGUAUACAACAUCACGGAGAGAAGAAGUAAAGCUGCAGAUGCGCUUAGAAAAGCUCUGUCUCUCAACCCCUUCAUGUGGAAAUCCUUCACUCAGCUCUGCCAAAUGGGUGAGAAAGUAGACCCAAAUAGUGUAUUCCAAAUAAACAACACUGAAUUUACAUUUGGUGUUUCAACAUUAGUGAAUCUAGUCAGCAAUUCAGAAAAUAUAUCAUUUGUUAAUAGUAACAUAUCUAAUAACAGUAAUUUGAAUUCUAAUGUCACACCUAACAACAUUGCUGCUCGUACUCCUAUGACAAUGUCAACUAGCAUCACACCAGAGACCCAAGCGCCUGUCAAGCGUAUGCACAGUGUUUUCAGUGGAAUGGCGCCCAUACCUUUCUCGCCAUCUUUCGGUAUGUUACCUAUGGAAGAAUCUCCAGUAUUGUAUUCAUCGACACUCACAGACGCCAAUGAACAAAAAGCUAUACCAAAGAUAGUUAACUCACUGAGAGCACAUGUUGGUCAACUCAAAGAUGCAGUAUUCAGCCCGGGACCAAGGUGUACGCUAGGCCCCGCCCCACGAAGAUCUUCUAGAUUGUUUAGCAAUAACAAUAGUAGUUAUUCAGUCAAAGAAAACAACAAAUCACCUAGCCGGAAAUUUGUAACGCCCAAAAGUCCUUCCAGAAAAAAUAAACAACGCACAGCCAAAAAUAUUAAAUCAAAUACCGAAACAAACGAGAGGAAUAAGAGCAUAGACACCACACCGACGAUAACGCCAAAGAGCACCAAUGGUGUACCACUGUUAAAUUUACUGAGGGAUCUGGGUGAUGCCUUUAAAUCUCUGUCCUUUUUGGAUUGCAAAAAUGCUAUCAAACAGUUUCAAGAGAUAUCACCGAAACAGCUAGCUUCACCUUGGGUCCAAACGAUGAUCGCUCGUGCACAUUACGAGCUUGCGCAAUAUGAAGCGGCUGCUAAAAUCUUUGCAGAAAUUAGGAAACAGUACCCAAGUCGUACUGAAGGAAUGGAUAUUUACAGUACCUGCUUGUGGCACCUUCAACGGGAAGCUCAGCUUUCAGCGUUAGCGCAAGAAUUAGUAGAGUUAAAUAGAAAUGAUUCUAUAGCGUGGUUAGCUUCGGGUAACUGCUUUUCGCUACAUAAAGAACGCGAAACAGCUUUAAAGUUCUUCAAGCGCGCCGUUCAGAUAGAACCCGAAGCGGCAUAUGCCCAUGCACUCCUUGGACAUGAGUAUGCUGUAGCCGAAGAAACUGACAAGGCCCUAUCUAGUUUCCGAACCGCGGUAAGCAUCGAUCCGCGCAAUUACGUAGCUUGGUUCGGUAUAGCCGCAGUGUACGCUCGCCAGGAACGCUGGAAAGCCUCUGAGGUGCACAUUCGUCGAGCGUUAGCCAUUCAUCCCCAUUCAGGUGUGCUACGUUGCCAAUUAGGUUUAGCUCAGGCUGCUUUGGGCAAAAUGGAUCGUGCACUUGCUACCCUAGAAAGAGCAGUCUCAUUAGAUGCUGAAAAUCCUUUGUGUCGUUUCCAUAGAGCGUCUGUAUUAUUACGUGCUGGGAGACCACAAGACGCCUUGGGCGACUUGCACCACUUAAAAAAUAUUGCACCCAGAGAAUCUUUAGUGUACUAUUUGCUUGGAAAGGUCCACAAUAAAUUGGGCAACUCACACCUGGCUCUUAUGCAUUUCAGCUGGGCCACAGACCUAGAUCCUAAGGGCACUGGAGCACAUAUUAAAGAAGGCUUCGACCCCUCAAAACAGGAAGAUACUCCUGAAAGAUCAUCCUAAACGUAUUUUGACCAUUAAUCGUGAUUUGCCUGCCCUCGUCGGCCUCUUUUGUGACUGAUAUCCUGUAAAUAACGUGCUCACCUCUCGAACUCCGAUUUGACACAAAAUCUUCCAAAUAUAGCUUUACGGAGAUCGACUGGUUUGUGAACGCAUUUAGUUGCUGUAGUAGUAAGGGCGUAUGUGGAUUUGUUUAUAUAGAGUAAGAUGUGGAUAUUCCUAGUUAUAUAUAUAUAUAUCAUGUAUAGCAAUUAACUCCUAGAAAGUAACUAAAAUUAUGCUUUCGAAGGACCUAAAACAAGGCCUCGAUCUCAAGAAGUGUUUAUUUGUAAUAAAUAAAUAUACUUAUAUUUUUGUUGUGCUAGACGUCGCAAUUUAUUUAAUUGCCAUCGUAAAAUGCGUGAUAUGAAGUUUCCAAAAUUGAUUUUGUUUCCGAUGUAAUAGAACUUUUUUAUUUGCAUAUGAAUAAUCGUACACGAGAACCGCUGGCGGUGUUUCAUUAUAAAUUACUACCUAUUGAUAUUGUAUUACAAAAUUUCUUAAAUGAUUUUUAACACAUAGUAGAAAUAAUAAUAAUUUUGCAUGCAAAUAGUGUUAGUACAUACUUGCAACCGAUUUCUGAAACGAUAACCAUAGAUCGAAUAAGCGAAUCUGCCUAUUAACGUUCAAACAUUUCAAAAAGGGCGAUUAGUUUGUUAAACUUAUGACAAAGUUAUCUAUUGGCAUUGACACACGGUUAUCGAUUCUACAUGUAAAAUUAUAUUUGAACUCAGUGUGUAAAAGAGGAUUUGGUGAACCUAGGCGGCUCUGCGUAAAAAUGGAAUGUCUUCACCAGUAGGUUGGAAUAAUAGUACACUAUGAUCAUUUUGAUUAUCGCAAUUGUUUUUAUUGACUGAAUUUAUGGUACUCUCGCUUAAAUUGUGUAUUUUAGCCAACAGUGUAAUAAUAUCAGCCAAUCGGCAUGCAAUAUUAUAACCCAAUCCGUAUGCGAACGUAGCAUUGGCGCUGUCAUUCUACGACGAUCUUCCCACGGAACCAAGAUUGUCUAUGGCAUUAAUAAAGGAUCGAAGAGUAAAAAUUUGUGACCCAGAUUUGACACUCUUAAGUCAUAAAUUAUGUGUCAAAGGUAGAUGUCACAGAGCGUACGCUUUGAAUGUCAUAGGAAAUAAGAGUUCAGCAAUGUAUAGAUUAAUAAAAUGUAAAGGUAUAGGUACAACCAAUUUAUUUGGUCUGUAGGGCUAACAUACGUGCUACGAGGUUAUUAUAUAUAGUAUCAUUUUCUCUUCCUAUAUGAGGCAUGAGGAGAUAACGGGGUAUACUUAAACAUCUCGUUGCGCGCAUUUUAACUCUGCUGGUGUCCAAAAAUUUGAACUUAUUGACAUGCGAUACCAGGGGCCUUACUACCUUGGCUUAAAGCAAUAUUAUUAUGGUGUAAUUUUUAACAUUAAUAUAAGCGUUAUUUUUAGGACAUCCAAAGUCUGUCAAAUAAACUAAUUGUAGGAUGAAUACCGUUUAAAGGGACGGUAGUAAGGCUCCAGCAAUGCAAGGUUGUCCGGGUCAGAUAUGUUUGAAUGGCUGUAUUACACAUUGACGUAAAAUAAAAAUGAAAUCGAAAUUGGCAUUACUUAGAAAAAUGUAUUUGAAUCUCUCUAGCUCUUAGCAACAAAGAACUCCUUUAAUUUUCUGUACUAUGUAUUUUAACUUGUUAUCGGGUUUGUGAAAUUACAGUAUAACCAUUUUAGUUUUCCACUUUUGACAAUAGGAUAUAUUCAAUCAAAUGUGAUUUAAAAGUGAAUCAUCUGUUUUGGAUGUUCUCAUAAUCUAACAUGCCAAACCAGAAUCUGACAAUUCUUAUUGGCUGCCAACUAAUGUUAUAUCCAUUUUGCUUGAAGUCAGGUCAUUUGAUUAUAACUUAAUACAAAAUGGAUCAUUGAGAAUGUCCUAAAGAUUAGGAAAAAAAUAUUUUAAUCGCAAUAUAAGUAAAAUGCAUAUUCCCUUUUGUUACUUGCAUAGCAUUUUACUUAUCGACUACCUAAAUAUUGAGGUGUUCCUUUUAAAAUCUGCUGUGUAACCUAUACAAAAUUAUGAAAUGAUAUUAACCUUGGUAAGUUCAGCUGUUAGAACUAAGUGAAACAUCAAAAGUGGUUCAUUAAAAGGAAGGAGGGCAGGUUACGUUUAAAAUGUUUUCUUUGCUACAAAUAAACUUCUGUUGCCCUAUUUUUCAAACAGUAAUGAUUGUGUGAAUGGCGAUCCACAUUGCGAAAGUAUCCAGACAAGUGACGCAUAAGCGAAUCGGCUAUACUAUAGUGUUGGAAUAUAAAAUCCGCGUCAAUAAUUCGAAUAAAAAAAAACAAUGUUGUUUUGAUUUUACCGGACCUCUUAUGGCGCUCUCUGAGAUCAGCUUUUACCGUGGAUCUCUACUCUUUUGUACACAAAUGUCUAAUCAAAUUGAUAAGUUAUAAAAUGUUGCCAACCUUUAACACAAAAAAAAAAGGAUAGCACUACUCUUUAUUUUAGUUCAGUGAUUUGUAUUUAACAGAAUUGGCACCAUUGCUAAACCAAAUUAUCUAAUAAUAGUGAAAUAAGUUGUAUAUAUUUGUUGACGUAUUUGUCUCGUUUAUAUUUUAUGUCAAUGUCUUUGUUUACGCCAUUUUAUAAAAUCCCAAAUACCUUGUACAGUUCCAGAUCUUAGUUUAUAAUGAAUAGUAACGUUUAUAAAAUUAUUUCGUGAAUGUUUAUUAAAAAUACACUAUUGUUUGUCUUGAAAUCACCAAUCGAAACUAGCUCUAAAGACAUGUACACCCUAAUAUGUGAACUUAUAAAAAUCAUAUUAAACUAUA